AUGGCCGAUACGCUUCCUGCCCCGCGACCGCCUACCGGUAACCGCGAGGUACCGCCCAGGCCCUUGUCCGGGCGUGGGCGUGUGGCGCGCGCCUUUGAGGGCCUCGAGGGGAUGACUACCACGCUCAGUGGCAAGUCGCAGAGUGAAGCUCAUUCUGACAAGACCAUUGAUUUGGACAAAGUUCUCCAACUCCUUGAGGACGAAUAUUCUCGAGAUUUGCUGGAGCGCCAUCUCCAUGCUCUGGCCAAGGUGGCCAAGCGAAACGCUCGUGGCUAUCGCGCUAGUGAUGCUCCAGCCCUGGCUCGGCUGGUCGCGUGCCUGGCUCAGCGCAUUGCCAACGGAGCAGAUGCUCUGCUUGACCCUUUGAUCAAUUGCAUCGUGCCCCUUCAGCAUUCCUUCGUUGUGACGCCUGAAAUGUUGCACGUGCGCCAACAGGUCCAUGACCUGCAAACCGGCAUCUGCGAACUUCUCGACGAGCUCGGCAACCUCCUCUCCGUCCCUCAACCCCGCCUCUGUGUCUCUGCGAUUGAAACUAUGCACGCCAUUGUUCUCAACCUGGACCGUUCCAUCCUCGAGCAAGCCAGCGUUUUGGGCGACGCUUUGCAUAUGACCGCAUCCCUCCACGCCUCCCUCAACGGCUCGCUGCGCAAGGCUGCUCCUGUGCGCGACGGACCCUCGCAGGCCAAGGCCGAAUCGGAACCCGCCGCUCGCAUCCUGGGCAUGGUCGCUCGCGCCAUCCUCUCUUCCAACUUUGUGCAGGAUGCUGCGGCCGCUCUGACUCGUGCCUUUGCACUAUCCACCCCAGCACACCCAUCCCACUCAAAGAGUGAUCAGGACAGCACCCCUCAUGCCCUAAACCCAUCAUCCGCGCCCGCGGCUUUGAGCGAUGACAUGCAGCGACUCCUCCUCGACAUUCUGAAUCACGUCGGAGUUACAGAUCAUGGGGUCGGCAUUCUUCUCCAAGGCAGCUUUUUGCCCCUCCUUUCGAGAUGCCUGGCUCAGCAGACGCAAGAAUUUGCUAGCCCCGAAGGCGCUCUUGUGCUUGACCUCCUGCUCAAAAUGCUUGCGCAUCCGCAACGUGCCGAUUUUCUUGAGCAGUCAACUGAUGAACUUCAAACCGUGGCCGUCUGCCUCUACCAAGCUUUGCAGCGUGCUGCCUUUGAAGGCAAUUCACAAACCAGGCGUGCCAUUCGCAACGACAUUCUUCUCCUUGUCACCCUUGCCAGUGACAUUCCCGCUGCGCGCGCAGCUUUGCUGGAAGCAAAUGUCUUGGAAUUGGUGGUGGACCUGUUGCGAAGUGCGGAUUUGAAUUCGGCGCGACACCUCGACCUUCGUCGUCUGCGAUGGACCACAGCGCCGGAAGAUUUUGACUUUGCUAAAACCGCUUUUACGCUCCUCGCGCAAUACAGCCAAGAACCAGCAGCCUGCAAGGUUUUGGAGGAUGCAGGCCUUGUACCUGUUCUCAUGGCAUAUCUGCACAAGGAUGGUGAACAGCUUGCCCGUAGCUGGAGUGCACCACAGUUUGAGGAGCUGCAACUCGUUGUGCUCUCCUUGUUAGCUCAGAUUCUCCCCCGGGUGCCGCGCGGUUACACUGACGUCCGGGGUAAUGGUGUGCUGGUGAAUCUUCUCGCCUGGGCCAUGCAAGAUUCGCCAGGCUCGACGGGUCCUGAGGCCCGAUUGUUUGCCGGUGCGGGCAAUGCUUUUCACGCGACGGGUGACUUUGCCCAUGCGCGCAGCCAGCAGCCCGUUGAAGAUCUUGCCACCAACAACGGCCACCGCAGCCUCAUUAAAUACAUCCUCCGCUCCUUACUGGCUCUGGUCAAUGACCCAUCACCUGAUCUGCUCGCAACGCAACAUGAUCUUUUGGACCAGGGGCUCGCCACCUUGCUCAUCGACUUUUUGGAUGAGCCGCUACCCAAGCGAGCCGAUAGCAUCUUUUUUGAUUUGAAAAUGUAUGCUCUCAUGAUCUUGGGUGCGCUAUGCUUGCGCCUCUCGGAUGCCCGCGAUCAAAUUGGUGCCCGAGGCGUCGAGACUGUCCUGGCAUAUCUUCGCGACAGUCAGCACACUCCCAACGCCCUCAUCAUUGCCAGCCUGGAUGCGCUUUGGGCCGUGGUGGACGGUAGCGCUCUGAAUCUUCGCACUUUUCUGCAGCACGAGGGCGCAUUCUUGAUUUUGGACCUUCUCGAGACAGGCCCGGUCAAUCUACAUUCGCUCUUGAUGGGCUUUGUGGCGGAUUUAUGCGAUCAUGACGAUGCCUUGCGACACUUUUUGCAGUGGCAGGGCAGCGGAAACCCACGGGCCAGCAUUGCAUCGCUACUUUGUCGCUUAUGGCGCGAUUGCAACACUCGGAUAGGCUGCCCUCACCUGGAAGCUGGCAGUAUUUUGAACAUCGCGCUGGCCGGCACUGCCACUAGUGCCGAUCUGCCCACGCUCUAUCCCUUAUCCUGUGGCAGCGGGCCUUUGACGGUCGAAAGUGAUGAGGCUCGGCCUGGGACUCAACCUAGCCCUGCAAUUCUCGAGGUUUUGGAAAACGAGCGCUCGCGCAUCUUUGCCAUUGCCAGUGCCAUCACCUUUCAGCGUUGUCGCAGAAUGCUGGACUUGGAUGACCAG